AUGAGUGAACGGAAUAGGAACCAGCUUCCUAACAAUUUACCGCAGUUACAGAACCUUAUAAAACGCGACCCAGAAUCGUAUACAGAUGAGUUUCUUCAGCAGUACAGACACUACCAGUCUAACCUACAGAUAUUCAUACAUAAGCCAUCAGUUUACUAUAAGAAUCUGGCAGAUUUAACUUUAUUUCUCAGUCAAGUUUCCCAUUGUUAUCCAGAGCAUCUAUCUACUUAUCCUCAAGACUUGAAGGAGCUUCUCCAAAGACAUUACACAGUGUUGGAUGCAGAGCUGCGUAUGACAUUCUGCAGGGCGCUGAUUCUACUACGAAAUAAAGAUCUCAUUUCGCCAACAAGUUUAUUAGAACUGUUCUUUGAACUAUUCCGAUGUCAGGAUAAGAUAUUGCGGAAGACAUUGUACAACCAUAUCGUGAACGACAUUAAAAAUGUUAAUUCAAAGCACAAGAAUAACAAACUGAAUACAGCGUUACAGAACUUUAUGUACACAAUGCUUAGAGAUAGUAAUAGCACUGCAGCUAAGAUGUCAUUGGAUGUGAUGAUUGAACUAUACAAGAGAAAUAUAUGGAAUGAUGCAAAAACUGUAAAUGUGAUCACAACUGCAUGUUUUUCUAAAGUAACAAAGAUCUUGGUUGCCUCUUUAAAGUUUUUUAUUGGUAAGGAUGAGGAAGAAGAAGAUAAGUCAGACAGUGACAGUGAUUCUGAUGAUGAUAAACCUACAGCUAGAGAACUUGUACUUAGACAAGGUGUAAAUAAAAAGACAAAGAAGAGACAAAAACAGUUUGACAAAGCCAUGAAGGUGUUACAGAAACACAAGAAGAAAAAGAAGCCUCUGACAUUCAAUUUUUCCGCCCUACAUCUCAUACAUGAUCCACAAAGUUUUGCUGAAAAGCUGUUCAAGCAGUUAGAGUCAUCUACUGAGAGGUUUGAAGUUCGUCUGAUGAUGGCCAAUCUGAUGUCCAGAUUAAUAGGAAUUCAUCAGCUGUUUUUAUUCAAUUAUUAUCCAUUUCUUCAGAGAUAUUUACAGCCACACCAAAAAGAGGUUAUAAAAAUUCUCUUGUUUGCGGCCCAGGCUAGUCAUGAUCUGAUACCAUCGGAAGUGUUACACCCGCUGUUAAUGACUAUUGUUAAUAACUUUGUAACGGAAAGAAAUUCCAGUGAAGUCAUGGCCGUUGGGUUAAAUGCAGUUAGAGAAAUAUGCAUACGAUGUCCUUUAGUAAUGAAUGAAGAUUUACUACGUGAUCUGGUGCAAUAUAAAUCCUACCGCGAAAAAGCGGUAUCCACAGCUGCUAAGUCACUUAUCCAAUUAUUCAGAACUGUUAAUCCAACUUUAUUACAUAAAAAAGACAGGGGGAAACCAACAGAUUUUAGUAAAGAAAUAAAAGUGAAAGAAUAUGGAGAAGUGGUUGCUCCAGAUUUUGUCCCAGGUGCAGAAGUGUUACCAGAAAGUAGUGCACUGACAGAGAACCAGGUGGAAGACCAACAAGGUAGAGAAACUUGGUGCAUAACUGGUCGUGUUGAUAGGCCGAAGUUUGGAUCUAAGAGAGGUCGACUAAACCCACAUGCAAGUACAACAAAUAAGGAGAAACGUAAACAAAAACCAUUUAUGAUGGUCAAGCAGAAAAGACAAAUUAAAGCAAAAUGCAAGAGAUCAUUUCGAGAUAAACAGAUUGCAUUGAGAGAUUCACUGUUGAAGAAGAUGAGAAAAAACAAAUAG